CUGGUCGAGGGGUGGCAGUGCGGUAGUGUCGCGCCGAAACAACCCUCAGUCUGAAAGUUCUCGCGGUCGGGUGUAUGUCUUUAUUGACGUCUUUCUGCGCGAUUAUUUGCCGCAUACACGUCCAUCUACGUUUACCUUUCGACUGUGUGUUUCAUUUCGGGCCUGGUCUCGGAUGUCCCGCGCGAGUAUCUCGUUGUCAGUGCGGUACCUCCCCGAUCCGACAGUUCGGCGGUUAGGUUAAUUUCCGGAUCAAGUUGACGAGUCAGCGGGCGGGUAUCUAAACGGACAGCGGCAUUACCAGAUAGAAAGAGAGAGAGAGAGAGAGAGAGAGAGAGAGAGAGAGAGAGAGCAUCGUUUCGAUGACAGUUUCCACCGGUCGACGCUGAAAGCGAUACGCGAGCCACUGAAGGGACCCUUUGCUCGGGAAAGCGAACGGAGAAGUGGUAAGCAGGAAGAUGAGAGUCCGUGAAAGUUGAAGAAAAAAACCUGCACAACGAAUAGCAACAGCCUGCCUUGUCCAUUGCGACCAGCCACAUAUCUCACGUUAAGAUGACAUAGAAUGGGUUGGGUGGCGCUAGGGCGGUGUGCGGGUGGUGGCGGCCGCCUCUCGUCCGUCCUCUCGCUGUCUCUCACCUCCCUCGCAAGCUCCCUCAUCUUCACCAUCCUCUGUAUCCUCACACUUGCCCUCACUCUUGUCACUCUCGUGCGUGCCGAGGACAUCUUCGAGGAGGGCAAGUCGGACAAGGAGAUCCUGGACAACCUGCUGCUGUCGACGCGUUACGACAAGCGGCUUCUGCCCCCGGUCCAAGGUACACUGAGGCCCCCGCCCCACACCCGUCAAGACGACUACACCCCUGACUACCUCGUACCCAAUGACCCUGAUCAUCCAGAGCACCUCGAACACCACCGGCACCGCUACCACCAUACAGCACCACACAACCACAGCUCACUGCUCACCCCUCGUCAAAAGGAUGCGGAUUUCUGCUGCGGAAUGCGAUGGCCUGGUGACGCCACCGGCCUGUCGAACCGGUCGUCGACCUCCUCUAACGACCCCAAGAACCAGUACAAGAACCAGAACAAUAACCACUACACGUCGCACCAACACCUUCGCACCCACCUUCGCGGAACCUUGACCGUGAACGUGAGCGUGCUGUUGCUAAGUUUGGCCUCACCCGACGAGUCCAGUUUGAAAUACGAGGUGGAGUUCCUGCUGCAACAACAGUGGUACGAUCCGCGACUACGCUACAGCAAUCGGUCGCAGUACGAGUUCUUGAAUGCGAUUCAUCAUUACGAUGAUAUCUGGUUGCCGGACACGUACUUCAUAAUGCACGGAGACUUCAAGGACCCGCUCAUACCAGUCCAUUUUGCCCUUCGGAUAUAUCGCAACGGCACGGUCAACUAUCUUAUGCGGCGUCAUCUCAUCUUAUCCUGCCAGGGUAGACUCAAUAUCUUCCCUUUCGAUGACCCACUGUGUUCAUUCGCGAUCGAGAGCAUAUCGUACGAGCAAACGGCGAUCACGUACGUGUGGAAGAAUGACGAGGGUACGUUGCGGAAGAGUCCUAGUCUAACGUCGCUGAACGCAUACCUCAUUAAGAACCAGACAAUCACGUGUCCGAUCAAAGUAAGCUGGAGAGGUAACUACAGCUGCCUGAAGGUGGAUCUGAUUUUUACGCGAGAUCGUGCCUUCUACUUCACAACAGUCUUCAUCCCGGGUAUCAUUUUGGUGACCAGCUCCUUCAUAACCUUCUGGCUCGAAUGGAACGCGGUGCCAGCGCGAGUAAUGAUCGGUGUGACGACGAUGCUCAACUUCUUCACGACGUCGAACGGUUUCCGGUCGACGCUGCCCGUCGUGUCAAACUUAACUGCCAUGAACGUGUGGGACGGCGUGUGUAUGUGCUUCAUCUACGCCAGCUUGCUCGAGUUCGUCUGCGUGAAUUACGUUGGCCGUAAACGGCCGAUGCACAAUGUCGUCUAUCGUCCCGGAGAGAAUCCCGUCACCCAGACCCUGUCGCAGGGUAAAAAGAAGCGAGAGGGCGGUCCACCGACCGGAGCUACGACAGGACCGAACGAGAUCGUAACCUGCACCAAUUGCGGACCCAAUCCUUGCACGCACACCACCACCAACGGAUGCACAGCCGAGCUGAGGAAAAAGGAACCACCGCAUCCGAUAAGAGUGGCAAAGACGAUCGACGUGAUAGCAAGAAUCACCUUUCCGGUCGCCUAUUUCAUGUUCCUCACCUUUUUCUUCAUCCACUACAAAGGCACAUCGUAGACACCGACACCAGAGGCACACCAGAGUUCGAAAAGAAUUCCACCGUUGAUCAUCGAAAACAAAGACACCGUCUUUCCGCGUGAAUUUUAUUUCAAUUUCAAUUUACCAAAGAGAAUCCGAGGCUAAGGUUCGAGGGGGGGAGGGGGGGGGGGUGUAGGUGACCCGGAAGUCGUUCCUCGAGAGUGCGCGUCGAACGCAGAGAGGGGACAAACGUCGGACAAACUCGACGCCGAAGGAGGAAGUGCUCGGCGAUCGUUUUUCUCCGCUCGAGGGAAAAUGAAAAAAAAAAAAAGAAAAGGAAAGAAAAGAGGAUUCGCGAGAAGUGUCGCGAAAUGUCGAUGCUUUCGAAGCAAAAUUAUCACGUCUCGUACGUUGAAGGAAAGGAAAAAAGGAAAAAAAGAAAGGAGAAAUGUAUCGACGAUAUAUAUUGAAACAACGCGUCGAUCGGCGCGUGGUUAGGCGAAGAUCGUACCGUAAGUUGGCUGUCUUUCCCUUUGGCUUCGAGGGGGACAUCGGGGCCGAGAGAAAAUUGAUGGAAAAUUCGCCUCUUCCUCAUCUUUUCUCACAUGUGAUAAUUCUUAAAAGCACUCUUUAUCGUAAACAAAAAAGAAAAGAAAAAAAAAAAAAGCUUGGUCCGGUGAAGAACAAUCGAACGAGGGGCAUACGUAUGAAGAGAGAUAGAGUAAUAGAGAGGGAGAGUAUGUGUGAGAGACAGUGAGAGUGAGAGGGAGAAAGAAUGAAAGAGCGAGAGAAAGGACGAACGAAAAAAAAAAAAAGAAAAAACGCGGACACACUCUUUAAAAAAAACCUCUUUUUUUUCUUCUACUAUCGGAUCUAGUGAUGUCGCUAAUUCGAGGAUGCUUCUCUGAAAACUAGCUGAAAAGAAAAA